AUGGCCUCGGGCCAACCCUUCGCGUCGCGCUCCUACGCGGGUGCAAAGCUGCCCGAACGCUCGGUGAACCAGAAUGCCAUGCCGUUCAGCGCUUCAUCGUUCUCGCGACAUCGAGGGCUAGGCAAUGCGGCGCCUGCGGACUUUGGAGGUCCCGAUGGGCCCAAGCAAGCGCAACAAGUCAACAAUGCGCCUGCAGCAGCGCAAUCUCACGGUGCGGGUCAAGAUGCGAAUCCACUGAGUCGGUUGACCGAGGAGCAGAGGGAAGAGAUCAAUGAAGCUUUCACUCUCUUCGACCUCGAUCGUGACCGUCACCUCGACUAUCACGAACUACGCGUCGCAUUCCGCGCCCUCGGCUUCACCCUCACCAAACAAGAACUCAUCUCCCUCCUCACAACAUACGGUGUACCCCGACCCCAGGUCCAACAACAACAGCAGCAACAACAACAACAAUCCUCUAACCCGCAACAACAAUCCAAACUCAACGCCGGUUCCAACCCUCAACACCCCUCCAACCUCCUCAUGCCGCUCUCUUCCUUCCAAGCCGUGACGGCACUGAAAAUCCUCGAGCGGGACCCGCGCGAUGAGAUCCUCCGCGCCUUUGAGCUCUUCGACGAAGGUGGUAAGGGAUUUAUCGACCUGGAGGAUCUGCGUCGUGUGGCUCGUGAAUUGGGCGAGACGGGACUGGAAGAGGAAGAAUUGCGGGCUAUGAUUGAGGAGUUUGAUCUUGAGGGCGUGGGUGGUGUCACGAGGGAGGCUUUUGUCGGCAUCUGCUGGCAGUGA